AUGAAACUUACCCACAAUAUACAACACAUAGUAAGUAUCCAGCGAAUACCACUCUUAACCAUCACGAAGGCCUAUGCUACAACGAGCACAGAGGCAAUCCAGAUACUGGCGGGUGUUAUGCCAAUUGGUUUGAAAAUCGUGGAGGACAUCUUUUGCAAAAGGGUGAAGUGGGGCUGGAGACUCGAGGACAUAAAUUAUACUCUACCAAUUGAUCUUGAUCAUAACAUAGAUUUCGAGAAACCAGCCCUAGGGCAUCCUUCAGAUUACAUUGCUUUGCCCUGGGGAUAUAGCAGCCCUAAAGAUCAGGGAGUGGAGAUCUACACUGAUGGCUCUCGGAUGGAGGCAGAUUAUCCGAAUAAAUUCAGGACUUCACACGCAAUGAUAGUUAAGAACAACGGUAUCACGAUUUUCAAAGCCUCCACCAGAGUCACUGAUAACACCAACAUAUUUAUUGCAGAGCUUUUGGCAAUCAAGUCUGCCCUGAUAUGGCUACGUCAACAUGAUAUUACACAUGCAACGAUUUUUUCAGACUCACUAUCAUCCCUCCAGGCCCUGGCUGACCCAGAACCCAGUUCCAAACUCAUAGAAGAGAUCAAAAAAAUUUGGAAUAAGAACACUAUUUUGAACUGGGUAAAAGCACAUGUGGGGAUCCAGGGCAAUGAGGAGGCAGACAGGGCAGCAAAGGAAGCCAUUGGUUCUGACAGUGUGGAUCUCCAGGUUCUGAAGACCCCCAAACAAGCUAAAACCGAAAUCAAACAAUAUUUAAUGGCAAGGUGGAAAACCAAUUGGGAAAAUUCUGAGAAAGGCAGGCAUACAUUUAAAUUCAUUAAGACCCCGUCAACUACAAGGUUGCAAACUAAUUUCUAUUUUAACCAAUUUCUAACGGGGCACGGAGUGUUCGGAGUACACCAAAACAAAUUUUUUAAUAAAUCAGAUACUUGCUCUAACUGUAACCAAAGACAAACCAUAGAGCAUCUUUUAUAUUAUUGUGAUCGGUACCGAACACUCCGAAAAAAUUAUUUCUUCCAAAAAACAGACCAACAAAUUUUUGCAGACAAGGUUUGUAGAGAAAUUAUCAAGAUUAUCAUUAAAACUACUCUUGAGGAACAAAUGGAAUUAAUAAACAAAAUUGACAAUAACUAAAAUUUUAACCUGCUUAAUCUAACCACCUUGCCAAAACUUUUUUUUGGACCACAUUGCCAUUUUAGUGUUUUAAUUUGACUUUUAACUUGACUUUGCAUUUUAUACAUGCUUUAGGUUUGUUUACAACCUUUGGAUUUUAAUACAUUUGGUAUUUUACAUUGCGAUUGUAUUUUAUACAUGGUUUUUAGAUUGUUAUACACCCCUUUUAACUCUUACCUUUUAGUAUCUAUUGGUAUU